AUGAAAUGCUGCUUACUACGGCAUCAACAUUUCAACAAUGAACAAAACGUUUCAACAGGUCAAAAAGAAAUUCGUUUUGGUGAUGUUUCCGAUGAUACAAAUGAAAAAACUGUGAAUGAAUUAGUUAAUGAAAGUGCAGAAAAACCAACAGACGCUACUGUCACCACAACAACGAGUUCAACAUCGCAUACCCAAUCAACAGCUUCAGAAUCAAUUAUUAACUUAUCGUCGACAACAUCUACAACUACCGUUUCAACUAUUCAAGAAGAAAAUGAUAAAAAGAAACGACGCGAUACUCAUUAUGCUAUUAACAAUGAUGAUUCAGAUAGUAGAGAUGAUGACAGAGAAAAUGAGAAUGAGAAUUAUGGUACAUCACAUAAAUAUUAUCCUAGUCACUACGGUUAUUCGGAUAUUAAUAAUGAUGAAUCUCAAGAAAAUAGUAAUAAACAACAAAAUAAUCACCAUAUCUUACAUGCAUUAAUAAAAGAAACAGUAGAAUCAAAUCAUGAUAAAGUGAAUAAACCGUUUGUUCAAGAUUCUGUUUUUGAAGACUUUACGGAUACAAAAAUGAAUCCCAAUGAAUUAUCGAGUGCUCGUCGUAAAAAACGUAGUAGUAAUAUCGUCCAUAAUGCAUUAAUUGAACGACUACAACGACGAAAACGUGGUUUAUCCAAUUAUGAUUUAUACGAAGAUAAUUUAUUCGAUUAUGAUCCAUUAUCUGAUUUAGUCAAUACUGAUGGUUAUACAAGAUAUGACCAUACUUUCCCUCGUUAUUGGCAUCCAACAAUGUAUGAAAGAAAUAUUCGUUCUUCUGCUCCCCAAUAUGUUCCAUUAAAUCACAUGUCCUCUUGGUUUCCUUAUCAGUUUGUUAAUAAUGAUGAUAAUGAUGAUGAUGAUGAUAAUGAUGAUGAUGAAGAUGAUGAAGAGAACAAUUACAAUUACAAUGAUGGAUUUUAUCGAAGAUAUAUUGAUGAUGAUUCAAAUUUAGCUUUCAUAGGUAAUAAUGAGGAUGAUCAAGAAGAAGAAUAUAAUCGAUUUGGUUAUCCAAAAGCAAUGGUAAAUCCCUACGAUUUAUCCUAUCAAACCGAUGAUGAAUUAGUAGCUGAUACUGAUAAUGACGAUGGUAACGACAACAUUGACGAUGAUUUUAAUAUUGAGUAUUACCAACGACCACAUAAAUAUUUACCCGAAAUGAUUAAUAGUAAUCAUUGUUGUUGUUGUUCAAUAAGAAUAUUUUGCUUUAUUUAUUUACUGAUUAAUUUUGUUGGUACUCAAACAACGAGAAAAAUUAUCAACGAAUCAUUUUCAACAAAUUCCACGACAAAAUUACCAGUAGUCGUUAAUAAUUCUCCAUCAUAUAUUCAAUUAUGUAUAAAAUGUGACACACGUGACGGAUUUGAAGCAUAUGAACGUCGUUCUAUCAUUGUUAUGGUUGUAUUAACGGGUGUAGCAUUAAUUCUCUGUGUAACUGGUGUUCUAAUAUUUACUAUAAGAGAUCGAGCACAAUAUUUGAAACGACAUCCGAAACCUAUCGCUGAAGAAAUAAAAAACGUUCAAGAAAAUAAUAAUGCGUAUGAAGACGAUAAUGUAGAUGAGUUACCCGUUCGUUCUAAUUCGAUGCAAAUUUGA